AUGAGUAUGCAUAGAGUAGUCCGCGCUGUGGCUUCAACGGAAGCUUGCGCUGGGGCGCUACGUGGGAGUGUCCCCAGAGCAAGAUUUUUAUGCUUGAAUUCGCCUGUUCAAGGGCUUGGAGCAAGAAAUGCGAUACUCGGUGCCAGGUUGGGAGGAAAGAGACAUUUCUCUCAAUCGCCAAUUAUCAGAGCUGGUGUUGCCCAGGCAGUCUUAGAAAAGGCUGCCGCAGAUCCAUCAGCUCUCACCCAAGAAGCUAUUGUCGACAACCUGAAUGCCGCAGAGAGGGAUCGAUUGAGGAGGGUCAGAAACAUUGGUAUCGCAGCACACAUUGACAGUGGCAAAACGACCGCCACAGAACGAGUUCUCUUUUACACUGGACGAAUUAAUGCUAUUCACGAAGUCCGAGGAAAGGAUGCCGUCGGCGCAAAGAUGGAUUCUAUGGAAUUAGAGAGAGAGAAAGGUAUUACAAUUCAGUCUGCUGCUACUUUCUGCGAUUGGUUGAAGGUUGAGAAUGGGAAGGAGGAGAAAUAUCACAUAAAUUUGAUCGAUACCCCUGGACAUAUUGAUUUCACAAUUGAGGUCGAGAGAGCUUUGCGAGUACUAGAUGGAGCUGUCAUGAUUCUUUGCGCUGUCAGUGGCGUUCAAAGUCAGACAAUUACUGUGGACAGACAAAUGCGGAGAUACAAUGUUCCUCGUAUCAGUUUCAUUAACAAGAUGGACAGAAUGGGUGCCAAUCCUUUCAAGGCUGUCGAGCAAAUCAAUCAAAAACUACGAAUCCCAGCAGCAGCACUUCAAGUCCCCAUUGGUUCGGAAGACAGCUUCAACGGUGUCGUUGAUUUGAUUAGGAUGAAGGCUAUUUACAACGAUGGGCCCAAGGGGGAAAUCAUUAGAGAGACUGAUGAGAUCCCUGAAGAACUCAAGAAGUUGUGCGAAGAGAAGAGAGCUCUGUUGAUCGAAACAUUGGCCGAUGUCGACGACGAAAUUGCUGAGAUUUUCUUGGAUGAGAAAACUCCAUCUAUCGAGCAAAUGAAGGCUGCUAUCCGACGGGCAACCAUCAAUUUGAAAUUCACCCCUGUCUUGAUGGGAAGUGCUUUGGCUGACAAGUCAGUGCAGCCUAUGCUUGAUGCAGUCUGCGAUUACCUACCAAAUCCUGCAGAGGUCGAGAAUUUGGCGCUUGACAAGCGAAGAGCUGAAGCCCCCGUGAAGCUUGUCUCUUAUAAUGAGCUACCAUUCGUUGGCUUGGCCUUCAAGCUUGAGGAAAGUAAUUAUGGUCAAUUGACCUAUAUUCGAGUUUACCAAGGAUCUUUGAGAAAGGGCAUGAACGUGUUCAAUGCUAGAACUGAUAAGAGAGUCAAAAUCCCUAGAAUUGUGCGCAUGCAUUCCAAUGAGAUGGAGGAAGUUCCUGAGAUUGGAGCCGGAGAAAUUUGUGCUGUUUUCGGAGUUGAUUGUGCUUCUGGAGACACAUUCACCGACGGUGGUUUACCAUACUCUAUGUCUUCUAUGUUCGUACCGGAUCCUGUCAUUUCCUUGUCUAUCAAACCAAAGACAACCAAAGAUGGAUCCAACUUCAGUAAGGCUAUGAACAGAUUCCAACGUGAGGAUCCAACAUUCCGUGUACAUGUCGAUGCCGAAAGUCAGGAAACCAUUAUUUCUGGUAUGGGAGAAUUGCAUCUUGAUAUUUACGUCGAGAGAAUGCGAAGAGAGUACAAGGUCGAAGUUGAAACCGGUAAACCUCAAGUCGCUUACAGAGAGACCAUCACUGAACAUGUGGCAUUCGACCAUACUCUCAAGAAACAAACUGGAGGUGCUGGUGAUUACGCUCGUGUCGUUGGUUUCUUGGAACCUAUUGAGCCUGGUCCAAAUGGAUAUGCUCCAUCAACUUUCAAAGAAGAAGUCACUGGAGGUUCUAUUUCUGAUAAAUUCUUGUUCGCUUGCGAAAAAGGAUUCCUCGCCUCUUGUGAAAAGGGACCCCUUCUCGGUCACCCCGUUCUCGGUACCCACAUGGUUGUCAACGAUGGUGCAACCCACAUGACAGAUUCUUCUGAAAUGGCUUUCAAGAAUGCCACUCAACAGGCUUUCAGAAAAGCUUUCAAAGAAGGCAAACCACAAGUUCUUGAACCUCUCAUGAAAACUACCAUUACAGCACCCAAUGAGUUCCAGGGUAACAUUGUUGGUUUGUUAAAUAAGAGAAACGCUAUCAUUAGUGAUACGGAGAUUGGACCAGAAGAUUUUACUCUUAUUGCGGAUUGUAGUUUGAAUGCUAUGUUCGGAUUUAGUUCGCAAUUGAGAGCAGCUACGCAAGGAAAGGGAGAGUUUGGUAUGGAAUUCAGUCAUUACGCUCCUGCGCCAGGACAGUUACAAAAAGAGCUCAUUUCCAACUACGAAAAGGCACAGGCUGAUAGACACAAGAAGUAA